AUGGAGCUAGCGGGUGAUACUCUACUGACUUCGUUAUCUGUCUCUUUUCUGUUUUGCAUUCCGCACAGGGAUUUUUUCUGUUUUUUCUUCUGUUCUACCGUCCCCACGCGUUUUACGUGUUUACCCGACCUCGUGCACGACCUUUUUGCUGACGCUGCGUGUGCAAUUGUAUGUACGUAUUUUCAUAUGCUGCUUUGUUUGAAGUUCGGUGUUCUUUUUUUUUUUCUAUUAUUUCUUUUUUUUUUUGGUGGUGGUGGCUUUUUUUUUCUUUUUCUCGUGCGUGGUUUCCACCGGUUGGGGUCCAUAUGCCCCAGUUUUGGUGGAACUAUCGGAUAUACGUUACUUAGUUUGGAAGGGGGAGGGCAAUACAUGUCCCGCAGUGCCCGCCUUUUAACAGUUUGCCAAAAAAAAAAGGAAAAGGGGAAUCAUUGUGCUAAACUCCAAGCUCAAGAUGUUUGUGGUUGA